AUGGCCAUAGCCAUGGAAUGCAUAUAUUGGGCAGUGCUUGUAUGCAUUAAUUUACCACAAUGCUGUGUAAUGUUGACACUGUGUUCAUACAAUUUUGAUUUCAUGGCAAUGUUUUGCUGCCUAUGUUCCCUGCAGGUACUAGUGUGCGUAGGUACAACUGUUGUCGGAAGUGCAGGCAAGGAGCAGCUGAAAGGCAUAGCCGACAAAUUCGAAGACGUUAUUGUGUUCAUGGACCCCGAUCAUGAGGGUCGGACCAUUCGCAACAAACUGGAGGAAUGGAUUGGCCCCACACGCCACGCAUUCAUGCCGUUGCCGGCUUUGGGCGUGGGUUCCAGCAGUGCAGCUGGCUUCAAAACAGGGGUUCAGUACGCGCCCGCAGAAGCCACUCGCAAGGCCCUCUUCUCCGCUUGCACCAGCGAUAGAGAGCGAGAGGAAUUCAGAAGAGAGGAUCUUGAGGACAUGGGAUUGGUACAACCCAACGGAGUGCGGGGAGUGAACGUGAAGCUACGGCGAAAGGAGUUUUGUGCAUUUCUGGGAUUGGGUCCGUGCGACGGCAGGCAGCUCUUGAAGCAGCUGAACUGGUACGGCUUCUCGCGCAGCCAAGCUGCAGAGGCCGCGGCCUAUAGUCAGCGGUGCGUGGAUGCAUGGGUGCUCGCACAUGGGAGCAAGGAAGACUCCCAGUGA